GGCAUUUGGAUUUUCGUCAAAAUGGCCGGCCGGCGCAUCCUCGAGGAAACCGAGGUCUACGAGACGCCCGAGGUGGAAGUGUAUCCAAGUGGAGGGUGCUCUCAUCAUCCGUACGCCAAUAUUGAUGAAGCUUCUAGUACCUCCGACAUGAACGAGAUUGACCGCGCGCCGCUCCGUCCAGCUGAUGCGUUUCACGCGUUUCUUGGGGCAUCGGUCCCCUCCAACUCGGGAGAAUUGAAGGUCGUCCCGAGAGGCGAGUUGGAGACUCCAACGAUGCGGUACCAUCGACUGCAGCAGGAAAUGAGCGAGCUCGAGGCAGAUCUGGAAUUGCUUCAUCAAUUGUCCAAGGAGUCCGUGGAUCCUCCAACGUACCGCACAAUGUUGCAAGGACUCAAGACUCUCCAAGCAAACUUGAGCCAGCUACAGAUCGAUCCGUCUGCCUCUGCGCAACAUUGUGCUCAUGCGGCAGUCCAAGCGCAGCAGCAUCUCUCGACGCAGCUGUGGAAAGACAUCCAAGAGUUUCGCCAGCAGCAUCCCGCGACCCCUUCGUCUGACAGUACCACCGCCGGCCUCGUUUACGAAGUGUAUGCCGUUCACGAAGAAGACCAGAACGCGAGCUUGAAACUGGCGGCAGUCGAACAACGCGUCGCUCAAUUGGAACGCCUCGUGGGACCCGCCGCAACGUCCAAGUCAGGCCCAGAAGACGUUGCAACACUGCUGCACAACGUGCAAGAGUUGGAAAAACGAGUGUCGUUGUUGAAUCCGGCCCAACUCGCCACCAUAUCGUCGCGAGUGGCGACGCUCUUGAACCAGUUCACGUCCAUCGCCAAGUUGCAAGACUCGAAUCCUGUGGUCCAGCACGCCAUCUCGUCCGCGCAGGAAUCGACGCAACUCGAUGCCAUUUACAAUCAACUCCAGUCGGUCGGCGCGACGGCGGCAGGAAUUCCUGCCUUGGUGGACAGAAUCACUAGUGUCAAAGCUCUUCACGACGACGCUGCUACAUUCAGCGACCGCAUUGCCGCCCUGGAACGCCACACGACGCAGCUCCAAGCCAUCCUGGCUGCUGACACCACACUCCUUCAAAGCGUGGAGGCGAAUCUGGCGCGAAACCUGAGUGUAUUUCAGUCGAAUUUGGAGCAACUCGACGGCCGACUGCAAAAGCUUUCGCCGCCAUAAUGCACGCACAGUCGAAUGUACCUUUGCCUUUCUGUAUA